AUGCGACCUGAAGAUAAGGAAAUGUACGAAAGUUUAUUUUACAUUAUGAUGAAGCCUUUUCCGGAUAGAUAUGAUGAAGAAAUCGUGGAACCUCCUAGCGAAAAGAAAACCGAAGUCAAUUUCUUACUAGAACGCGAGAUACUGAUCGCCAAAGAACACGAGAAUCAGAAGGAGCUCCUUCGGAAAUCGCAAAUUUCCGAAAGAAAGCUACACCGACAAAAAUUCUACGAAAAGGUUGACCCCCGAGACAUAAAACCGGAAACAUUUUGGAUCUCUUCAUUGCGAUCCACGGCCAUGUGCCCUAACGUGAGAGAUAUUCUCAGCGGCAUAGAACCGGAAAGCUUUAAAGAUGCGGAAGGUGAUAUUUACAGGAUACUUAACGAAUCAGAGGUCGAACCAAGAUUAACGUUUCAUGAUCUAUACAAACAAUUCCAAGAAGAGGAAGAGAUUAUCAUCUCUCGACAUCGUUCUCAGAUGAAAGGUUUGGAAAACUAUCAUAGUCGGGUGUUGUUUGAACUGCAAAAACAAAUUUCGAGAGUAAUUCCAGCCACAGAUCUCCAGAGACUAAGAAAUCAAAAACUAUCGGAAAAAGAAUCGAAAAUCAGAACAUCCACUUCUCCGGUGAAUACGGAGGCAUCCACGAGUCAUCCGACCACCCCUGAUCAUGUUCCGAAUUCUACCACGUCAUCAUGUCUUCCGGUUGACGCGUCCACCACAGCCGCCACCAUAAUUCAAUCGCGUGAUGAUAUGGAGAUAACGAGCGCUGAAGAUCACCGGAGCUUGGACGUACCGAUCAAUCAAUCAACAACCCAAGUCAAUGCUGACAUUAUUGCUAAUCUAUCAGUGCCCCAAGAAGGUGCGAAUCGUGCUCCCAACUCUGGAACUGCAAUGUUUGGUCAAAAGACCGACUCCGUGAAUGCACCCAGCAACAUUAAUCCUGUUCCCGAUUUCCUUAUGAAUGCGCUUAACCCCGAGAUGAUGAAUCUCCUGAAUGCGUUUAACAAUCUAUCAGGAAAUAAUCAACAAGCGACCACCGUUCUAUUGAAUUGGGUUGGAGGUAUACCGUGGGGCCCAAUUUUUGAUCAGAACGGAAAAGCCGCUGGCCCGAAGACCAGAAACAUGUCUCAGUGA